AUCUGGUUGGUUUUAUUAGUUUCUUACUUUCUUGACACAGAGUGAGCCACAAUAAGAAUAAAUGAAUGGAUAAAGGCUCUUUCAUCCACAUAUUUUUUUUAUAGUUUAUAAUAUUCAUAUAAAUUAAAUAGAAGAAGGACCUAGAGAAAAUAAAAUUAACAAAAAAAAAAAAUGAAGAUGAAGAUGAAGAUUGGAUUGGUAUGGAUGAUGAUAAGGUGUUUGAUAAUAAUCCAAGCAUGGAGCACUCCAUUGCCGUCGCCAUGGCCGGAGCAAUUCCACGCACUGGUGGUGAUGAACUUGAGCGAGAGCCAGCAGCUGUACGUGACGGACGUGUGGUACGACUGGCGGAGGGGCAGAAACGUCAAUAUCCACCAGAAGCAGCUGGCUGAGAAGGAGUACUCCGUCGAAUGGAACAACGGCACGUCGUUUUACUACUCCCUCGACCACAACCCACCCUAUUGCCGAGUCACCCACUACGAAGUCGGAAUCCCACGCCCCGAUUUUCUCCAGACCGAAGCGGAGUACGACGGCACCCAACUCACAGGAGGAUUUCUCUGCCACGUGUGGAAGAAGGCCGAUUUCAUUGUCUACUAUGAAGAUGUUCUCACUGCUCGUCCUGUUCGCUGGGAUUUCACCGACGGUGUAAUAUAUAAUUACGUGAUGAGAUAUGAAGUUGGUGCAGUUUUGCCGGAUUCAGAAGUGCAAGCACCUGCCUUUUGCUUUAACCAAGAUAGUGAUGUAUGAGAAUAUGUAGCAGCUGUAUUACCUUGCAAUUUUCUAAAAUCCCUAAUUUUUUGGUCUUC